AUGCAUUAUGAUGGCCGCCAAUAGUGAUACCUAGUUGCGUCUGUGUACAAACAAGGAAAGGCGCGUAUUUAGGUCAGGACUGCCAUCGAGAAACACGGACAAUGGCGUGGCAGUGUGCACGAUUUUGAUCAUCGCCGACGGGGUAUGAAAUCGACCGCAAGUAAGGUACAUACAUACCUCACAAGCUAUGUCAGCUCGCCCGUGGUCCCAGUCAGGCCCCCCUAGCAGAAAGGAACGCCUUCGCGCUUCCUUGCAGGCACUCCUAGUGAACGAUGACAUACCGUUAGACAUGUUCGAGCCAGGUGGUUCCUGGCCACCGGCUAGGGAUACGGUGUCAGAUCCACCGCAGUCCCGGGCGGCAUUAGGUCUUCCAAGCCCCGAAGAGGGACCUAACCACGAGUUUCCUAGUCACAUUUUUGCCCCCUUGUUUAGCUUGCCUCCCCAAAGCCCUGCGUCCAACAACGUGCCCGCCACGGCCAACGACAACAUACUACGGAUAUCGCGUGCUGACCCUUCCGGAAUCCGGACCCACCACAAACUCCCACAGAACCUGGACCGGCCCGCCCGAAGGACAUCUAGUUAUGACCACUCGAGCCGGGUCGAUCCCGUUCUUGCUGCGUCUUCGGCCAAUGUCGAAGCCGGUUGUCUGGUAUUCGCCUCCUAUCCUCCCCUCGUCGCCGAGGACCACGCCGCAAAUCAUGGUUGCCGCCUGUCACCGCAAGAAGCAGACCCGGAGAAUAUGACAGCGGUUUCAGACGAAUCUCUCUCGCUUCGCUCUCCGUUUGCUCAAUCCCCUUCGGAUAACCUGUCACUGUGGAGCGGCCUGUCCAAACGCAAGUCAGCGUUGGCAGAUACGGCAGCAGACAUCCACUCAACGGCCCCUCCGCCUUGGACGACCGACUUCACCUACUCUAGCGGCUGGGCUCAGUCAUUAACCUCGUCGCCCGAUCCACCCCAACCGCCAUCGCUGUCGCCAUACGGUGGUGGUGGCAAAGGCGAAGUCGACUCGUUUCCGGAGAAGCGCCAAAGACCGCACUACGCCAUCGAGAAGCGUUACCGAGCAGGCCUCAACGAGCGGUUCGAGGCCCUGCGCGAGUGCAUCGAGUCGAGGAAGAUGCAGUCCCGGCAAGACCAACAGGAUCAAUACAGCCGAUUACCCUCGCUGGCAAUGGUCCUGGAUGCCGGUAGCAAGAGCAACAGUGGCAGCGCGAAGCCGUGGCCUCCGACGCGGAUGAAUAAGGCCGACGUCCUGGACAAGGCGGUAGUAUAUAUCCGGGACCUAGAGGAGGAGAACGUUGUGUUGCUGGAGCAUCUGAGGAUUACCAUACGCCGGCUGCGCGAUGCCAGGGCUGCGCUCGGGGGCGCAGAGCCGAACGGGGUUAUGCAUAGUGGGAAGGACCAGCAAGGAUCCUAAGGACAUGGUGAGUGGUCGGGGCUGGGUGACCCUCGACUCUGGCACGUUUUGGUCACGGGAGUGAGCAUGGGAUUCGACGGGGGGAUGCCUAGGCCUGGGGUGAUGCCGGAUAAUGCUACCAUUCCUAUAAUUGUUCAGUCGGCGGGAUGACUACCUAGGUAGGUAGCCGGCUAUUGGAGAGAGAGCCUGUUGCAAAUUUACGUUAAUUGACUUGUCUCGUAUUCAUCUUCCGAUAUAGCGGCAUUACCACCAAUCCAGGAACCACUCGA